AUCCCCGUGAAAAAAAGAUAAUUUCUUGGAAAAAACAUUAAAUAAGCAAUUUCCAUGAUGUUAAGAACAAUAAGAAUAAAUACAUUCUGUGAAACAAAUUAAUAAGCUUCAGCACUUAUAGUUUUUAUUUACGAAUAGCUUAAAAUUGCGCGUAAUUCAUGCAAAAACUCAAUCUACGUAACUUUUAUUCUGAAUUCCAAAAAAUUAAGUAGAUCAUUUAAAUUAUGCGAAGCUCUUUGUGUGCUUUAAAUGCAGGAUCUGGAGAUAGUUUUACAAUGAAUUUUCCAGACUAUGAUCAGCUAAGCACUGAUCAUGCGAGAUUGCUAGUUCUGAUAAGAGGAAUCGGGCCCAAUAAGCCACGUUCAUUGCAAAAGAUCUUUGAGAGGAUACAGAAAAUAGAUAAUGUAAAAAUUAAAGAUUCGACAGGACAAACGAGAGAUAUUUUCGUGAGAUAUGUGCGUGAUCAUGCUGUAGAAAAUAAUGAUUGGGGAGAUUUUCAAACACAUCGUAGACUAUUAGGACUCAUUACAGUUGGACGAUUUGAUUCUCAAGGCGAAUUAAAUGAGCUAUGUCGAGUCCAUGAAAGUUUAAAAGUCAAGUAUACAUCAACUUUAUACGAUUCGCGAGCUUUAUUGUUUGCACCAGCCACGACAUCGAGUAAUGAUAAUGAAACGAAAUCUAUUGAUAACUCAUAUACAAGCGAAUCGUCGUUAAAUGGCUUUAAACUCGAGAAUGAGGAACAGAAAAUUCUCAUUGAUAACAACAUGGUGAUGCCAACAAUAUUUAAAAGUCGUGGUUUCUUUUAUACUGAAAAUAGUACAUGUCCUAAUCUUGAAUCUCGAAUAACAGACUUUGUUAAUGCAUUAUUUUGGAUAUUAGAAUCAAAGAGACUCGAAAGGACUAAAGAGAAAUUUGAUAAAGUCAGUUUACUCUUAGCGCCAUUUGAAAAGAAAGAUUUUGUUGGAUUAGAUAUGGAAAGUAGAAAUAAUAAGAAGCGAAUUAUGGGACGAAUAACGAAAAAUCUUGCGGAUUUGACAUUACAAUGUGGAUUAAUAGCUGAAAGUUUAAAUUAUUAUCAUGCUGCAACCGAAACUUUACGUUCCAUCGGAGAUUCUUUAUGGUUGGGUGGUGCUCAGGAAGGAAUUUGUGCUUCAUCAGCCACGAUUCUUUAUCCACAUUUAAGGCAUUCUGUAAAUUUUCAUAGAAAUAUAAGUCUACAAGGAAAUCCAAAUGCUCUCAAUCAAAACUCAUCGUCACCACAAAAAAAUCUUCACCGUGCAUCGGAUGGAAGUAAACAAAUUAUGCAGCAUCGUAAGUUUGAUAUGAAAAUUAAUUUGGAUAAAUCUAGCAAUCAAAACAACGAAUCAUCAUCUACAACAUCUUCAGGUGGUUCCUCGGGAUCAACUGUAUCGAAUUCUUCGUCGUCAAAUAGUUUAACAUCUUCAAAUGAAUCAGAGAAGAAAAUGACAAGCAAUGGAUCACAAAACAUAUUGGUUCCUUCAAACAUCUUACAGCCUGAUGAAAUUACUAGUCGAUAUCGAGAGGCCAUCAUUAAUUAUAGUAAAUAUCGUAUGGCAGGGAUAAUUGAAACGGAGGCAGCCUUAAAAGCUGCACGAAUUUGUAUCGAACAGAAUCAAAAUCUUGAUGUUGCAAUGUUCUUACAGAAUGUCUUGUACAUCAAUUUAAAUAUGAACGAAAUGGAAAAAGUAAGGAGAUUUGAGACAUUAACUGAACUUUAUCAGCAAAUUGGUUAUCAUAGGAAAGCUGCAUUUUGUCAAAGAUUAGCUGCAUGGAGACAUAUUGCUCAAAAUAAUACAAAUCCUGAUUGGGCUGCAAGCUAUAGAUUAAUGUUGGACAGUUUUCGAGGUCAUAAAUUAUCAUUGGAACCAACAGAAGUCCUUGAAAUAAAUCAAGGAUGGCCAUGUUUACAAAUUGAUUUACUUCAACAGCUUAUUGGUGCUUCAAGACGAUUAGGACAAUCUGCAUUGGCUACACGCCAUAUGACAUUCUUACUGCAGACACAAUGGAAAAAUUUAUCGUCAAGUGAGCAAAAGGAAAUGGCUUUACAAUUGCAGAAUUUAAGUUCACAAUGUGAAGGAAGUCCUGUACCCUUAUUUCUCGAAAAUGGCACUUUUAUUCCGCCUGCAAAUCUUACAGAUUUACCAUUUUGUGAGACAUUUGAGUUAAAGGAUUUAUCAGCGUGUUUACGUCCACACAAAAUUGAAAGCAAUAAAGUCGAUAGUGGACCUUUCCUAUUCACUCCAAUUCAUUUUAAUUCAUCAAUAGAUAGACGAACUGCUUAUGCAAAAAAACGUGAUCGUGAAGUAAGCUUUCUUUGGGUACAACACGAGAAAAGUGAAAUAGCAAUAAAACUUUUAAAUCCAUUACCUUUUGAGUUACAAGUAAGUGAUAUGCGAUUAUUAAGUGAUGGAAUAGUUUUUGAAGCAUUACCCGAAAGCAUCGUUUUACCAGCAAAUGCUUCAAUGUCAAUUUCACUAUUUGGAACUCCUUUAGAAAUUGGUGAAUUAGAAAUUAAUGGAUAUAGUACACAUACACUUGGUGUUAAAUCAAAUUGUCGUCUAAAACACAUGUUUGCGAGAUGCUUUCCGGUAAAUUAUAGAAUAAAAGUCAUACCAGCUCUUCCAAAAAUGAACAUUACAACAUCAAUACAACAAUCAACACUAAAUUGCCUUUCAACUUCCGAGGAAGUCAUAAAUACAGCAAGUUUGACAUUGUACAAUGGAGAAACACAAAUUUGUGAAGUAACACUGGAAAAUACUAGCAAUAUUCCAAUUGAAAGUAUCGAAGCUAGUUUGAGUUCUGGUUUCGAUCAGAAACUUCAAAAUAGAAUUUUUACAUUUGACAUCGAAGAAAUUCGCAAACAAUUGCCAAUUGAGCCUGGCAAGAAAAUUACUUUUAAUGUAAAAAUUUAUGGAGAUGCUGAUUUCGUCGGUCCGGUUGUACCUUCGACAACAGGUGGUGGAAUUAGUAGCUCAUUAACUCCACACCAAAAUGACUUACCAUCGUCUUUGAGCGGUGUAAAUUCUCUCUUAUCACAUUCUCGUGUUGGCUCGCCGAUUCAAAGACAUAGAAAUAAUGAGCAUAAUAUGAGUUUUCGAUCUUCAACGACUGCAUCGGGUGCCACAGUAAAUUCAGGACAUUCCUCUUUAGCUACAUUAAGUUUAGGAGCCAUAAUGAACGGAAGCAAUCAGACUAGACAAUUUGAAUUUAAAUUAAUCUUUAAGUAUAGUGGUGGUUUGGCAUUAAGCGAAAAUCAUUGCAGACAUUGUGCUUUAUUAUUUAAUGUUGAGCUCACACCGAGUUUACAAGUUACAAAUUGGGAUGUACUACCGGCUGAAGUUUCUUCACAAUUCUAUCUCGUACUAGAUAUUGCAAAUUUAACUACUCAAGAAGUUUCCUUAAAUUAUCCAAAUAAUAAGACUAUUCUCAUUGAACCAAAGGAGAGUUGUCGUGUUCCUGUUCCAGUCGAACGAUGUCCUUUAGACAAAAUAAUGAGUGACUAUCAGCAAUUACAACAACAGCUUAUGAAUUCAAAUGAAUGCGGAAUCGUUUAUAGUGGAACAUUUAAUUCAUCGGAUGUCGAUCUUCCGGAAAAAUUAUGCUCAGAACAUAUUGCUAGUUUAGUGAAUUUAAAAUGGCAACUAUCACCAAACGAAACGUGCGGUAUAGCUUCACUUCGAGGCAUAUCAUUAUCGUCAACAAUGUUGGAUCUUGUAACUGUAGCACCCAUACAAUUUGAUGUCAGAAUAAAUGACAAGGCUGUAUCACCGUCCGAUGAAUUUAGUGUAUCGAUAGGAACGAAAAUUAUGAUGGAAAUAAAUGUUAGCAAUAAUCAAGUUGCUCCUCUACAAAAUCUAAUUUUGACAGCACAAUUCUAUCAAGACUUUCAAAAUGGUGUUACAAAUUAUCGUCUAGAGACUCGAGUGACAAUGUCUGGUCCAAACUACACAUUUAUCACAUCCCUGAGUAAAAAUGAUAUAGCAACUCAUCAAUGUUCUGCAAUAUUCUUCACUCCUGGUCGCUUUAAAGUUGAUAUUCAAUGUAAAACGCAAUCAUCAUCUUCAGGCAUGUCGACAGUAAGUAGUAACGAUACUCAUCAUAUUUGGAAAUUCAUACCGCCACUUGAAGUUUUAGUUGUUAAUUAACUUGCUUAUAUGAUAUCUCAUGAUAAAAAAAUGACUAUAUACAAUUGUAUAUGAUAGACAUAAUGAAACCUAUGACAUUAUACUGUACGUCAAAUAACGUAAAACAUCAAAUGAUAUACUUUGUUGUAUUUAAUGCAAUUAAUAUUGUUUUUAUUCCAUUUGAUUUGAAAAAAAAAGAAAAAAUUGGAAUUAUAUAUGUUAUAAAGAUGAUAACUUCUUCUUCUUUUUGUGGUUUUGGUUAUAAAUAAUCGAAUCUUUAUUUGCAAAAAAAAAAAAACAUUUCCAGUAAUCCAUAAAAAGGAAAAACCCAUAUUUAUUUUGUUCAAUAAAAGUUAUAACAACAUCUAAAUGAGUAGCAUGGAGAAGUCAUAUUUUUCUAGGUAAAAAAGUCAUACUUAUCACCAUCAUCACGUGUUUUUUUGGCCUCGUUUACUUCUUUUCACAGUAGGAGUCGUAAAUAAAUGAUGUUUUUUACACAAUUAUUUUUUUUUUGUAUGAUAGUGUCCCAUAUCUUCAGACCCAUGGAGGGGGUUCACAUAUGAAUUUUAAAAAAAUUGCCUAUAUAGAUCCAGAGGUACUCUAACAGCUAGUGGGAGUUUAUAGUGAGGAUGCGUUAAAUCACUGCAAAUAAAUCUAGACCUACAGUUUAUAGUUGUAUCCGAACCAUUUUUUGACAUUGCUGCCUGUAGCCUACAGAGGAAGGCUGAGAGCCUCACUUUCAGUACAUCUGGUUCGUAAAUUUUUGCAAUAAUUAGGUACCAAAAUACUAAACCAUUCCGCCAGCCAGCCACUUCAGCUCACAUGUGAAUACAACAUUUUAAAAAUUGAAUCUCAUCAAAAUUGUAUUAUUACGUAUCAGUAAUGAAAUUCUGUUAUGACCUUGGCAAUUGAAUUGUUUCGCAG